AAACCCCAAAGUUAAGAAAGGGGCGGAACUCAAUUCGUGACUCAUGACGAGUGUCCUCUGUGGCUGGCAGCGCCAGAGCUCUCACAUACUAUAAAAACGGGCUAUUGGUGGAAGACUUGAUUAAGAAACACUCUUCAGAGGGAUAAGUUGGAUAAAAUAUUUCACGGCCAAAUUGGACUGUUUACUAUCAUAAACGAUGGAGAGCAAGAUUGUAUUUUCGGCACUUUUUCUUGCCUGGCUUACUCUCGUAAACGGAUCCCCAGCAUCAGUGCAAGUGGGCGAGCUUACCAAAGCAAAAAAUGUGUUGUGGUCAUCAUACAAUUUCAAAACUAUCCUAUCAUGGGGACCUAAACCUGUCAAUUACACAUACACAGUUGAAUUCUCAAGAGCUGGUAGGGACAAACAGAGAAACCCUCACUGCAUCAGAAGUACUGAGACAGAGUGCGACCUGACCAAUGAAUUGGACGUAAAGGGGGUUUAUACUGCUGAAGUGCUCUCAGAGUCCCUGCGCGGGAUGAUUUCUGACCAUGUGGAGCCUCCAUACACCAGAUCUAAGCAGUUCUGCCCUUAUGAAGACACUUUAAUUGGAAUACCUGAGUUCAAGUUGACGAGUAAGGACAAAAAGAUUGUGUUGAUCAUAAAGGACCCCAUCACAGCUCUGCACAAAGAUGGCAGAUCACUGAACAUCCGAGACAUCUUUAAAAAAGAACUCCAGUACAAGAUUGUGUACAACAAGGCUGGAAGCACAGGAAAACAUCUGAAAACUGUGAAAGAGAACAGAGCAGAGUUCAGUAAUCUAGAUGAGGAUCAGAGUUACUGCUUCAGUGUGGCUGCAUAUAUCGGUUCCCGUAAAGGAGACAAGAGUUUAGGAGCGUGGAGCCUCCCCAAGUGCUCGUCACAGGAGCACAAAACCGUGUUUGAUGUGUAUGGACCGACUGUGAUUGGAGGAGCAGCGCUUAUUAUACUGGCUUUUGUAAUUGCUGUAAUCGUUCUGAUUGUGGUGUGCUGUAAGAGAGCAAGAAGAGAAAAAACAAUGGCCAAGGAAACCAUAGUCUAGACUCAAGAAUCAAUUUCUGCUGAUCGAGCUGAGAACGGGGUGUACAGCUGGACUGUAACCGUUUUUGCGCUGAGAGGGACCGGUGUGUGCGAAGCACACCUGCAGUGCAGCACUGGACUGGUUUCUAUGAAACACUAACACUACACGAUAUGUUAUACGUAUCGGACCAUUGCUUUUAUUUUUUAUGGAUAAAUAGAACAGUGUAUUUGUUUAUUAAACAGCCGUAUUUAUUAUUUUCUUUAGAAAUACAUUGUAAUAGCUGCUGUGUGUGUAUAGAGUUUUAUAUCUAGACUGAAAUUAUUUAAUGAGCAUAAACUAUUUUUUUUAAAAAUGUAAUUGAUACUUCUUGGAACUUCAAAUAAAUUAUACUUGUCAUAA